GGCUGCUGCCAAACCACCAUCUUCCUCUGCCUGGGGAAGUGCGCCUCCGCCGCAGCUGCUGCUCACUUUGCCAGACCCAGGCGAGCCCGGAAUAGUGAAGUGAUCUGGAUUGAACUUCAUGAAGUAUGGUUCUAAGGGAUAGCUGGCUUUGCGCUCACUGGGCAUGGCAAAGCACAAGAAGGUGCUUGGUUGUGCUUGCUCUCUUAUUAUUACACACGUCUGAUUUGGAAGGCAGAAAAUCACACCCGUUUGUCUGGAAAACAGGACAUUGGGGACGAUGUAUAGGUGACUGUGGUUCAGGUGGUGUUCAGAGCCGAGUAGUUUGGUGUGUUCAUUCAGAAGGCUGGACAACUCACCAUUCCAAUUGUGAACAAAGUGACAGACCUGAAAGCCAGAGGAGCUGCUUCAAAAUAUGUGACUGGCAUCUUGAACUCUUUGAGUGGGAAGUUUCAGAAUGGCACCUAUGUGUCCUAGUCCCUUUUGCCCAUGGUGAAGGCAAGCCAAGAACCUUACCGUGUGUAACUGCACAGCAUGGAUUACAGCACAGAAGCGUACAGUGUAUACAAAAGUUGAAUAGAACAGUAGUGGCAAGUGAGAUAUGUGAAUAUUUUACCCCCCAGCCACCUAUGGAACAAGCUUGUCUAAUACCUUGUCCACGGGAUUGUGUAGUAUCAGAAUUUUCCUCCUGGUCUCCAUGUAGCAGGCACUGUGGAAAGAGUUUACAACAUAGAACCUGUUCUGUUAUUGCGCCACCACUCUACGGAGGAGCCAAAUGUCCAAAUCUUACUGAAUCGAGGGUUUGUGAUAUUUCAAUAUCUUGUCCUCGUGGGGAAGACGAAUACACCUACAGUCUUAAAGUUGGACCUUGGAAUAAAUGUCGACUGCCUCACCUUAAAGAAAUGAAUAUGAUUGGAAGAACUAUGCUGGAUUUCAGUUCAGAUUCUAUAGAGCGAAGCACUUUCAAACUGCAAGUGGUUGAGAAUCUGCAAAAUUUUCACAGAUUUAGGCCCCACCACAGUUCCAAGCCUUGGGAUAUAGAAAUUGGUUAUCAAACAAGACAGGUGAGGUGUACAAGAAGUGAUGGGAAAAAUGCUAUGCUGAGCCUUUGUGUGCAAGAAACCACCCCUUUGACCUUUCAGUCCUGUGUUAUGCCUAAAGACUGUGAAACAUCAGAUUGGUCUUCAUGGAGCUCUUGCUCAAAGACUUGUCACUCAGGGGAUCUCUCGCCAGGAUUCCGAAGUAGAACUCGGAGUAUAAAGCACAUUGCUGUAGGAGCUGGCCAAGAAUGUCCGGAGACAGAAGAAAGGGAAGCCUGCAACAUUGGAGGAGGAGGACAUGCUCAACCAUGCCCAAGGUAUUCAUGGAAAACAUCUGAAUGGAAAAGAUGUGAUGUUACUCUUCUGCUAGAACAGCAGGACCCUCGACGCCAUAAACACUCAUCUUUUUGUGGAGGUGGGGUGCAGGUUCGGGAAGUAUACUGUGCCCAGAUCACAUUGGAGGAAACACACAAAUUAAAGGAAGUGACUAGACCUGUUGAAAAAAAGCUGUGUCUCGCUCCUGCUCCCCCAGCUUCCCAAUUGUGCAAUAUUCUAUGUCCUCCUGAAUGUCUGGUUUCUUCCUGGUCGACAUGGGGAGCUUGCAUUCAUGAAAACUGCCAAGAUAAUCAAGGGAAAAAAGGUUUCAAAAUGAGGCAAAGAAACAUCAUUGUGGAACCCAUGGGCACUUCUAACAAUUGUCCACACUUGAUGGAAUCUAUUCCUUGUGAAAAUCCCGUGUGUUACAAGUGGAUGAUUUCAGAAGGAGUAUGUUUACCUUAUAAUGGAAUAUGUGGGCAAGGAAAUUGUGUGCAACAUGCUGUAUGCAAGAACUACAGGGGUGAGGAUGCGUUGGAUGAUCUUUGUACAGACUCCCCUUCGCCUUCUAAAACCAUAACUUGUGACGUACCAUGUGGAAUGGACUGUGUUGUGACUGAAUGGUCACACUGGUCGUCUUGUUCUCACUCAUGCUCCAGUAAAAAUGCUGAAGGCAGGCAAAGCAGAACUAGAUCAAUACUGGCAUUACCAGGAGAAGGUGGAAAAUCAUGUCCUCCUAGCCAUGCACUAGAAGAAUAUCGCUUAUGUAAUGAGCACUCUUGCAACCAGGUCUACUGGGAAACAUCGACAUGGAGCCCCUGUUCAGAAAACAUCUUGAUAACAGCUUUGAAUGCUACCAUUAACUGGAACGGUGAGGCUACCUGUGGAGUGGGCAUGCAGACUAGGAAGGUCUUCUGUAUAAAGAAUAAUUCCGGCCAGGUCCCAGCCAAAAGGUGCCCAGACUCCAUCAAACCAGAAACAGUCCGCCCAUGUUUGCUCCCGUGCAAAAAUGAUUGUGUGGUGACCCCUUUCAGUGAAUGGACACGCUGCCCUACUUCCUGCAAACAUGGUAACGCUCCAGCAACGAAACAGUCCCGCUACAGGAUUAUCAUUCAAGAUGCUAUUAAUGGAGGGCAGGAAUGUCCAGAUACCUUGUUUGAAGAAAGAGAAUGUGAAGACAUCCCUCUUUGUGCUGUGUACAGCUGGAAGACCCACAAGUGGAGGCAGUGUGUAUUGGUGCCAGAUUCUGUACGACAAGGUGUGUUAGGAGUCAAUGAAGCAUGUGGCCAUGGUUUGCAAUCAAGAGUUGUUGUGUGUGUCUUGGAAGGCAACCACUCAGUAGAUGUCAGUGAAUGCUUAAAAUGGGCAGAACCUAUGCCUUCCCUUGUUCAAGAAUGCCUGAUUCCUUGCAAAGAUGACUGCACAUUCACCCCUUGGUCUAAAUUUUCACCAUGUGCUUCAGACUGUGAAUCAACACGAACUAGAAGACGAACUCUCACAGGGAGAAGCAGAAAGCGAGACAAGUGCCAGAAUACAGAAGUAUAUCCUCAAGUUGAAGUGGAACCAUGCCCUUGCACAAUAUUUACCACCCGGCCCCAUGGAAAUUGGUCAGAAUGCAUAAUUUCUGUAGGAAAAACAGAGCUGCAGCUAGAACUGAAAUUUCAUGGACAUGCCAAAGAAUGUGGCGAAGGUGUGCGCUUCCAAGCCCUUGCCUGCUUCGAUAAGACUGGCAGACUAGUGGAACCGUUUCACUGCAACCAUUCAGGUUAUGUUGAACAGCCUUGUACGGUACCUUGUCCAUUUGAUUGCAAAUUAAGUGACUGGACUAGUUGGGCCCCUUGCAGUUCGUCUUGUGGAACAGGAGUGAAAAUCCGGUCCAAGUGGCUUAAAGAGAAGCCUUACAAUGGAGGACGUCCAUGCCCAAAACUGGAUCCUAAGAAUCAGGUGUAUGAGGCAGUCCCAUGUUACAGUGAAUGCAAUCAGUAUUUCUGGAUAGUAGAACCAUGGUCUCCUUGUGAAAUCAACAGCGAGCAAAACUCCCUCCACUGUGGUGAAGGAAUACAAACUAGGAAAAUCAGAUGUGUAAAUACUACUGAAGAUGGGGAUGGUGAGACUGUAUCCAACAUGCUAUGUAAUCACUCUGAAAUCCCUCUUGAAACACAAAAAUGUACCCUCUACUGCCCCAGUGAGUGUGUAAUGUCUGAGUGGGGCCAAUGGAGCCAAUGCCCAGAGCCAUGUGACCCCAAUAUAAUGCAAACACGGACUCGGCAUGUAUUGAGGUCUCCUUUAAAUCCAAAGACCUGCCCUGAACGUUCACAAAUGCACCCUUGUGUCUUGAAUCAAAAUUGUUUUCAGUUUCACUACAAUUUAACAGACUGGAGCACGUGUCAACUAAAUGAAAAUGCACCCUGUGGACAAGGGAUUAGGAAUCGCCUUCUGAGCUGUGUACGCAGUGAUGGGAAAGUAGUGACUAUGAACUACUGUGAGCAGCUAAAUUUGGAAACACCUGCACAAAUGGUUGUUGACUGCCUUGUGGAAUGUGUAGUAAACUGCCGGCUCUCUGAGUGGUCUGCCUGGUCGGAAUGUUCACAUUCGUGUGGCCUUGCAGGUCAGAUGCAACGUACCAGAUCUGUAAUUCUACAAGCCCAAGGAGAAGGAAGGCCCUGCCCAGCUGAGCUCACCCAGUACAGAAGCUGUGUGGCAAAACCGUGCUACAGCUGGGUUAUUGGCGAGUGGUCCCCAUGCAAAGUCAAGGGUGGACAGUGUGGGGACGGAAUGCAAGUACGGGACCUCACAUGUAUGGUACAUGAUGGCUCUUUAUCAGCAACAUCUAAACAAGCAGAAAGUGCAUUGUGUGGAGAGCUUCCAUCAAAAGACGGUGAACUGCAGCUUCCAUGUUCUGUGCCUUGCCCAGGUGAUUGUCAUUGGACAGAAUGGUCCGAAUGGAGCUCUUGUGAAUUAACGUGCAUAGAUGGCAGGAGCUUUGAGACUAUGGGUCGUCAGUCUCGGUCAAGAACGUUUAUAAUCCAGUCAUUUGAAAACCAAGACAGCUGCCCUGAGCAAGAGUUGGAGACCCGGCCUUGUUCUGGAGGGAAAUGCUAUAAUUAUGUAUGGAAAACGAGUCUUUGGCACGAUAAUGAACGCACAGUGUGGUGCCAGCGUUCUGAUGGGGUGAAUGUCACAGGGGGUUGUGCUAUUCAGAUGCAGCCAGCUACAACCAGGCAUUGCAACCCAGCCUGCCGGAAGCCGUUCUCUUACUGCACACAGAGUGGAGUCUGCGGUUGUGAAAGAGGCUAUACAGAAAUAAUGAGAUCAAAUGGCUUCCUGGAUUACUGCAUGAAGAUACCUGGUUUAGAAGAUAAGAAAGCUGAUGUUAAAACGAAUGCUGCAAAACAUAAACCCAUCAACUCAAAAAUGCAUGACAUUUUUAAAGGGUGGUCGAUUCAGCCUUUUAAUCCAGAUGGAAAACUUAAAAUCUGGGUCUAUGGAGUAUCAGCAGGUGGAUUUCUUAUGAUUGUUUCCCUAAUAUUCACCUCAUAUCUUGUUUGCAAAAAGCCAAAACAGCAACAAAAUGCUCCUCCACAACAAAAGUGUCUGACCCUAGCCUACGAUGGAGACGUUGACAUGUAACAUGAUGGACAGAAAUCCAAAUGUAGACAUCGACUGCCUUAACUGCUUCCCCCUGGUUUUUUUGUUUUGUUUUUAUAAGAUACAAACUUCUCACUUUGGAUUUUUUUUUUUUAAGAAUCUCACAAUUGCUGGUGCACAUGGGCAAAAUACAACCUGCGAACAUAACAAUUUUGCCUUUUGGUUUAUCUGAAAAAAAUGGCAUUAAAGGACCUUCCAUAUAUUGGUGACACUUUUCCCAAGGGGACCUGUGAGAUGCAUCUUUCCUGUUCAUCAAUGGGGAUAAGGACAAACAAGUAAUUCUGCAGACUUUUACUGUUUUUUACCUUUAAAAGCAUGACAAUCCUGGGGGGGGGAGGUGACAUUGACUGUAAAGGACAAGUUCAACACUGCAUCAUUAUGCACUAUAUUAGUGCAAGCUUCUUUAUUCUUCACCUCUU